UCAAUGCGGUUUACAUCUCUUCUGUCGCAAUGAACACAAGAAGUAAAAGCGCAAUAUUCCAUUUUAGUUCAGAUGAAGUACAAUCCUCUUUGAAGGCCAGUCAUUGCGACUGCAACGAUUUCGAUAAUAAAACGGAUUCAAAAAUGCUGGCGCUUGAAAAGAAGCUAAGAGAGACGGAAUUGGAAUUGGCAAUUGCCACCGAAAAAUUGUCUCUGUACGACGAUAAAAUUAAGGACAAAAACGAAAUAAUUGAGGCCGUCAAACUGUCUAACAACCUAUAUAAAUCGAAUUAUAAGGAGAGGUUUGAUUCUCAGGCGAGCAUAAUUAAAAAACUAGAGGAGGAAUUAUCCGCCUUAAGGCAGGAAAAGAUCAAACCUAGCCAGGAACUUGAGACAAACACGAAUAGUUCAUUAGUUGCCAAGCUGAAAUCCAAAAUUUUUUUUCUUAAAGAAGGUGUAAAAAAAAAAGAAGUAGUUAUAGCUUCCCUUGAAGCUCAGAUUAAAGAGAACGCUAAAAAGGAUAAAGACAACUUAGAACUUAUUAAUUCUAAGACAAAUUCGAAAGAGAAAGAACAUAGAGCUCAAAUAGCUUCCCUCAAAAAUCAAAUAGGGCAAAGAAAUGAAUCACUGGAAAAAAAUAAAGGUGUUAUAUCUUCACUCAAGGCUCAAAUAACAGAAAAAGAUCAAAUACAUUCUGAAAACAUAAAACUUAUAACAAAUCUUCAGGGUGAGAUCAAGGAAAAAGAUGACCAAAGAACUCUUUUGGAGCUGGAUCUAAACUUGGAAAAAUGUAAAACGAGGGAAAAGGAUAAUCAAUUAAACAAUCAAGCUGCUACAAUAUUGAAACUAAAAACUUGUCAGGAAAAACUGAAGGAAAACCAAAGACGUAUACCCUCGGAAAGUGAAUGCGACCAACACAUAGAAAACUUUUUAAACAAAUUAGUUUAAUGAAAUGUAUUAAUGGUUUCACAAUUACCUAUAUUA